AUCCAGGCCUUCUUCAUCUUCAAUCAAAAGGGCGAGGUCCUCAUCUCGCGAUUGUUCCGGACAGACCUCAAACGAUCAAUAUCAGAUGUCUUCAGAAUACAGGUCAUAUCCAACCCGGACGUCCGGUCGCCCAUCAUCACACUGGGCUCGACCUCGUUCUUCCAUGUCCGAGUGAACAACGUCUACGUUGUCUGCGUGACAAAAUGUAAUGCCUCAGCUGCACUGGUGUUCGAGUUCAUGUACCGCUUCAUUUCGAUAUCUCGAGCGUAUUUCAGCAAGAUUGACGAGGAGAGCGUCAAGAACAACUUUGUCUUGAUAUAUGAGCUGCUUGAUGAAAUCAUGGACUUUGGGUAUCCCCAGAACUCCGAAAUCGACACGCUCAAGAUGUAUAUCACGACGGAAAGCAUAAAGUCGGAAAUGGCGGUGAGGGAGGACUCUAGCAAAAUCACCAUCCAAGCGACUGGAGCGACAUCAUGGCGGAGAUCAGACGUCAAGUAUAGGAAGAACGAGGCGUUCGUCGACGUCAUUGAGACUGUCAACCUCUUGAUGAGCAAAGAGGGUGCCGUUCUACGAGCAGAUGUGGAUGGGCAGAUCCUCAUGCGAGCAUAUCUGAGCGGGACGCCGGAAUGUAAAUUUGGCCUGAACGACAAGCUGGUCUUGCAGAAGAAGGAAGGCAAUGCUCCAAAAUCCGAAAGCGCAGUCGAGCUGGACGACUGCCAAUUCCAUCAAUGUGUCCGACUAGGCAAAUUCGAUUCCGACCGGUCUAUCAGCUUCAUCCCACCAGACGGGGAGUUUGAGCUCAUGAAAUACCGCUCCACUUCCAACAUCGCCCUCCCCUUCCGCCUCCAAACGCACGUGACCGAACCCACCAAAUCACGCGUCGAAUACGUCAUCCACCUCCGAGCAGGAUUCGAUUCCAAACUGAACGCCAACAACGUUGUGCUCAGGAUUCCGACACCGCUGAAUACGACCAAGGUGGAUGUGAAGGUUGGGCUCGGGAAGGCCAAGUAUGUCCCGGCUGAGAAUGUGAUCAUAUGGAAGAUACCCAAGAUCCAAGGAUCGCAGGAAUGUACCCUUGAGGCAGAGGCUGAGCUGGCUACGACCACGGUCCGCCAGCCUUGGUCGAGACCACCUAUAGAUCUGGACUUUUCAGUGGUCAUGUUCACAUCUUCCGGUCUCCUUGUACGCUUCCUGAAGGUAUUCGAGAAGAGCGGAUAUCAGUCUGUCAAAUGGGUUCGGUACCUGACCAAGGCGAACGGGUCAUACCAAAUCAGAGUGAGUGCCUCGGUAACAUGUAAAGCACAACGCUGA